GAGACGGCGAGCGCGUGCCCAGAGGCUAAGCGGAAAUGCGUGUCGGUAUUAAAGACGUCGCCCCGCCCCUUGCGUGCCUCUUCCGUCUCCGGCAGCAGCAUCGUGAGGAGCUGCCGCCAUGUCUGCCCACCUGCAGUGGAUGAUCGUGCGGAACUGCUCCAGCUUCCUGAUCAAGAGGAACAAGCAGACGUACAGCACCGAACCCAACAACCUGAAGGCCCGCAACUCCUUUCGCUACAACGGGCUGAUUCACCGCAAGACCGUGGGCGUGGAGCCCGCGGCCGACGGCAAAGGCGUGGUGGUCGUCAUGAAGCGCAGAUCCGGCCAGCGAAAGCCCGCAACCUCCUAUGUGCGGACUACCAUCAACAAGAACGCCCGGGCCACCCUGAGCAGCAUCCGGCACAUGAUCCGCAAGAACAAGUACCGCCCGGAUCUGCGCAUGGCCGCCAUCCGCAGGGCCAGCGCCAUACUGCGCAGCCAGAAGCCUGUGAUGGUGAAAAGGAAGCGGGCCCGCCCCACCAAGAGCUCCUGAGCACCCCCUCCCCCCAAAACAAUAAAGGUAUCAGCCAACUUUCCUUAA